AUGCACCACCCAUCAGACGAUAUACCAUGGCAUCUAGUUGCCUCGAAUCUUCACUGGGCCCCGGGUGCGCUCGCACCGCAAGUUCGCGCCCUAAAUCUUCCUCAGCUUCCCGGCAAACUGAAGGACAAAAAGGGCUGCGCGUGCGGUGCCACUAACUUGCACCCAAAUUCUCCUGCGCCUAAAUCUUUUGAUCGAGAUGGAUUCACUGAGGCCUUUGCAAAGGCCGUGUCUGAUGCUUCGAAACGCAAGCGAGCCCAGUACCCGGAGAAGUACAGUUCCCCCAAUCCCAGUGAUGUUCUCUUGGGGGAUGAGCUCUUUGAAAAAGUCGAUUCACUCUUGUCCCGGAGAAUAAAAGGCGGGCCUAGACUUCCAUUUGAGCAAAGAACUGCUUCCGCAUUCCUUCACCCUUGGGAGUGUGAUGAUUAUUGCAAUUUCUUGAGUACCACCGAGAUCGGAUUCCUCAAUCUGGAGGUAGUGAAGAUGCUACUCAUGCUAGGCGAACUAGGCCCAAUUCUUCAGGCAUGUGCUCACCCAGACGAGGGACUUUCAGGGUGGUACUCUGCUGCCGCCUGUGAUUGCAUGGUAAGUCCAGUCCCGAUUUGA